AAAAGCACCCCGAAAAGGUGGCUUGCCCGCCCGCCGAGGAGAGAGAAAAGAGGGGAGGCAGGAGGAGGAAGGACGAAGGAGUUCGUUUGGAGACGUUAUCGGACUCGAAGGCCCUCUACUCGCCGGAAUUCAGAGCCCCCUUCGCGUCCGUCACUUUACAGUGACGAGCCAGAGCCUGCGACGAGCGCCCCUCUUCUCUUCUCUCUCCCUUCCGAUUUCGAGGAGCCUGCCAGCCAGCCGGCCAGCCAGCCAGCCAGCCAGCCACCACCGACUCGAGUUCCUCUCGCGCUAGGGCUUCUCGCUGUCGCUGUCUCGGCCGGGAAUCGGGAAUCUCGCGGCGCGAUUCGGGUUUUAGGUUUUUCUCUGGUGUUUGGGCACGAGAAAUUCUCGUGCUGCUGCUUAUGAAUUUGGAGCCGCGAUCUGUUGAAUUCGGCCGCGUCGCUGUCGCCGUCGCUGCUGUCGCUGCUGUGGGGAUUGCGCGGGUUGUCGUGUGGUGAGAUGUUCACCCCGCAGAGGAAGGCGUGGUCCGGGUGGACCCUCUCGCCCCGGGGCCAGGCCCCGAGGAGCGGAUCCGGGUCGGGCCCCGACCCGAGCGCCGACGGGAAGGGGAAGAGCAUCGUCCCCGCUGAGCCCGUCACCCCUCCCCUCGGCUCGAACGGGAUGGUGGUCGUGGACGGAGGCGGCGAUCCGGCCGGCAGGGUUUCGCUGCUCGAAAAGGAGCUUUUCGAGUACCAAUAUAAUAUGGGACUUCUUUUGAUUGAGAAAAAAGAGUGGGCUUCCAAGAAUGAAGAGCUGAGACGAGCAUUGGAGGAAAUAAAGGAUGCUCUUAAACGCGAGCAAGCGGCUCAUUUGAUUGCUAUGUCAGAUGUUGAAAAACGAGAAGAUGACUUGAGAAAAGCUCUUGGUGUCGAGAAGCAGUGCGUGAGUGAUCUGGAGAAGACCUUGCGUGAGAUGCGUGCAGAGUAUGCUGAAAUUAAAUUUACAGCUGAUUCAAAAUUAGCUGAAGCUAAUGCUUUGGCUGCAAGCAUUGAGGAAAAAUCUCUUGAAGUAGAGGCUAAGUCACAUGCUGCGGAUGCCAAACUUGCUGAAAUAAGCCGAAAGAAUUCGGAAAUCGAGAGGAAGAUGCGCGAUGUGGAUGCUAGAGAAGCUUCUUUUCGAAGGGAACGGUUAUCAUUCAUGACAGAGCGUGAAGUACAUGAAACCACUUUGUCCAAGCAGAGGGAGGACUUGCAAGAAUGGGAAAGAAAAUUGUGUGAUGGAGAGGAAAGGUUGGGAGAUAGAUUUAGGGUUCUGAACCAAAGAGAGGAGAUGGCAAAUGAGAAGGACAAGAUAUAUAAGCAAAAAGAGAAGGAUCUUGAGGAAGCACAAAAGACGAUUGAUGAAGCUAAUCUAACAUUGUCAAGAAAGGAAGAGGAUAUAAGCAGCAGGCUGGCAAAUUUAAAGUUGAAAGAGAAGGCAAGCCUUUCUGAUGCUGGUCACUUAAGAUGUCGACAAUGGGACUUUUCUAAUCUAAUGCAUUCUUUUUGGCUGCAGGAAUUUGAAACAAUUAGAAAGAACCUAGAAAUAAAAGAGAAGCAGUUGGUUGCUACAGAAGAAAAGCUCAAUGCUAGAGAAAGAGAUGAAAUUCAAAAGCUUCUUGAUGAGCAUGCUCGUGUUUUAGAUGUGAAGAAAAAUGAAUUUGAGUUGGAACUUGAGCAAAAGAGUAAAAAAUUCGAUGAGGACUUAGAAAGAAAAGGAUUUGACAUACAGAAGAAGGAAGCUGAAAUUAAGCACAAAGAGGAUAAACUAGUGAAAAGAGAACAAGCAGUGGAGAAGAAAACGGAAAAGCUCAAGGAGAAAGAGGAUGACCUGCAAUUGAAGUUGAAAGAUCUUAAGGAAAAGGAGAAAUUUCUCAAGUCUGAGGAAAAGAAUUUGGAGACUCAGAAGAAAUCGGUUGCUGUUGAGAAAGAGGAGUUGCUCAGCCUUAGGGCUGCUCUUGAGAAGAUAAGAGCGGAAAAUGAAGAACAGCUGGUGAAGAUCCGCAUGGAGAAGGAUCAACUGAAUGUGAGUGAAGAAGAAAGGUCAGAUUUUGUGCGUUUGCAAUCUGAAUUGAAGGAAGAAAGAGAGAAGUGCAGGCUUCAAAAGGAGCUUCUUUUGAAGGAAGCUGAGGACUUGAAGCAGCAAAAGGAAGCUUUUGAGAAGGAGUGGGAUGAGCUUGAUGAGAAAAGGGCUCAGAUUGAGAAAGAAAGGAUGGAUGCAGAGCGACAAAAAGAAAAAUUUGAAAAGCUCAAACAUAGUGAGGAGGAAAAACUACGAAGGGACAGGAUGGAGAAAGAUGAUUACAUAAAAAGGGAGCUGGAAGAUCUAGAACUGGCUAAAGGAUCAUUUGAAGCCAGAAUGGAGCAUGAGACUUCAGUUCUUGCCGAGAAGGUGCAAAGUGAGAGAAGUCAAAUGCUUCGGGACUUUGAGCUUCAGAAAAAGGAGCUUGAGACUAAUAUGCAGAAUAAAUGGGAUGAGAUGGAAAAUAACUUGCAUGGUAGAAUGAAGUCAUUUGAGGAAGAAAAGGAGAGAGAACUAAACAAUAUAAACUACCUGAGAGAAGUAGCCAGAAGAGAAAUGGAAGAAAUGAAACAGGAGCGAGCAGAAUUGCAAAAGGAAAGGGAAGGAUUUGCUGCAAAUAAGAAGCAUCUGGAGGAUGAACAAGUUGAAAUAAGAAAGGACAUUGAACAGCUUGUUGCACUUAGCAAAAAGUUGAAGGACCAGAGAGAGAAAUUUAUCGAGGAGAGAGAUCGCUUUAUUUCUUUUGCUAAGCAGCAGAGUAGCUGCAACACAUGUGGGGAGCUUACUCGCGAGUUUCUGCUUUCCGAUCUACAAUCUAUAUCUGAAAUUGAGAACGCCGAGCUUUCUCGGUCAAAACUGGCUGAGGCUUAUGCAAAGGAAGAGGCAAAUACGACCUUUAAUCCUUCUGGAAGGCCAAAUACUGAUACAUCUCCAAAUUUAGUUGGUUCAAGCACACCUCUGACCGUUGGAACUGUGUCUUGGCUUCGAAAAUGCACAACUAAGAUAUUUAGCUUGUCCCCUGGCAAAAAAACCGAUUCUCAUCCAGUUCAAGAUCUGACUCAAGAAGUACGUGUGCAUGGUGAUCCUGUAAAUGUCGAAGAACCCUCCAAAGCGAAUACCGAAAAUGAUGCUGAGGUCUCUUUUGCAGUAGCAAGUGUUUCUUUUGAUGUGGAGGGGUAUCAGAGGGAGGAUGAAGGUGGUCAAGAUAUGUCAUACGAUAGCAAUGUCAACAGUAAGAGACAAGAAAUUGCUGAAGAUUCUCAGCCUUCUGAUUUAAACAAUGGUGUCCGUCAGCCUCGCAAGAGGGGCAGACCAAGGGUUAACAGGACACGUACUAUGAAAGAAGUUGUCAAAGAUGCUAAUACCUUUCUUGGGAAAGGUUUUGGUUCGAAUGAGACCGAGCAGGAGAAUGGAAAUGUGGAGGACUCUGCUCCUACGAAUGCUGACAGUCGGGAUGAAGCCAGUCUUGCUAGUAAAGGAAGACCAAGAAAUGUCCGCAAGAGGGGUCGUGAUAACACCACAGUGAGUGAGCAUGAUGCCGAUGACACUGAAGGACAUUCUGAUAGCGUGAGUAAGGGCCAGCGAGGGAAAAGGCGGCAAAGAAAUACUGCUGCCGUUCAAGCUUUGGGUGAACAGCGAUAUAAUCUCCGACGGCCGAAAGGUGGGGUCAAGACCACUGCAUCUGGCAUGUCAAAUGACCUGAACAAGGACAAUAAAAAAGAAGCUGAUAGAGAAGGUGCAGAGGAGGAGAUUCACUAUGCCAAAGCUGCUCCUGCACUUUCUGUUACGGUUGCUAGUGAAAAUGGCAGAAGUGCACAUUUGAUGCGUUGUGGCUCGUUGGCAGAUACCCAGGAUGGAGACGCCAAUGGAACAAAGGAGAUAGUUGAGGAUCUGGCAUUGAGUGAAGAGGUGAAUGGGACACCUGAUAAGGGAGACAAACAUGACAACAGGAGCGAGUCCCUAGGAGUUAAUGCUGUCACGCGUGAUGAAGAUGGGGAUGAUGAUGAAUGUGAGGACGAGCACCCAGGCGAAGUCUCUAUAGGGAAGAAACUUUGGAACUUUCUCACGACCUAAUCAGGUAGGAUCAUUUUCCAGUCUCGGGAAGAAACCCCGGGGCUGCAAUGUGGCCCCAUCAGCUUCUUUAGAUAAUGCUGCUGGAGCUUCCCUGAUGUGUAGUAGCCAUUUAUGUUAGUUCAGCACAAAAGGUUUUCCUAGGUUUGGGAAGGAGAGGUUUGGCGCCCCUUUCUAUUUAGAAGGUUUCGGGAUGUUAAGGGCUUUGAUAUUUUGACCAUUUUUUUUUUGUCUUUUUUGUUUAGGUGAUCUAUUGGCAGUGUUAAUAAUACUGCAUGUCAUGAUGCUCUUGGUCUCUGGCUUCUAAAUUGUUUGUAUCAAAUACCUGUAAUUUUUCCCUGUUCCGGUCGCGUAGUGUGUGAAACCUGUGGAUUUAAUUUUUCUUUUUUUUCCUUCUGUCCCCGUGUGCAAUGUUAUUAGCCCAAGACCUGCAUGUUCUGGUCUCGAAUGCUGAUCAUGAUUAAUGACUUUCAGUGAGA